GAAAAUUUCAAUAUUGUUGGUAAAAUCCAAAAUAGUUAAGAGUUCAAUUGAAAUUUUGUGGACCUCUAUCUUGUUGGCACUUGGCAAACAGAGAGCCCGUUAGCUCACAGUAGCAACGCUGCUCCCUCCACCACCUGAACCAGCGAUUUGAACCGGUUUGGUUUUUUUUCUGAAUGGGCCAGGUCUGUCGUCUUCCCUUGCUGCUGCUACAAACCGUUCCCUCCCCCUUUCUCUCUGUUUCCCCCACAAACACACAAAAAAACACAAACUUUGCUCUCCCCUGAAGGAAUACCGAUCCCCCGUCUCUCUCUCUCUAGUUUUCUAAUAAAAGUUCGGAACUUUCUGUGAUACAUGGAUGGUGAAGCCAGAUAUAGAUAUGUUUUAUGUGGUGGUGCUAUGGGAACCUGCGGCCUGGUUAAUUGAGACGUGAAUCCUUUUUUGUUUUUGGGUUCUCGUCUUCCAGGUGAAGAAGAAAGAAAUUUUUUUUUUUGUGUCUGAUCGUCUCUUCCCCUUCUGCAGGGAUUGGGUUCUGUGGUUCUGUGUGUUUCAUGCAAGCUGAGGGGAGAGACCUGCAAAAUGAGUUAGAGCUUUGAUUCUGCUCCUGGUUCUGAGAUCGUGAAAGGACAUUUGGGUGUUGUCUAGGGUACAACUGAGAAUCGUUUGAAGUUCUCCGCGGAAGGCUAAUUCGCGGAGAUGACGAGUUAUUUAGGUGUUCAAGUCUCUGAUCCAACGCUCCAGAAUCAGUUCACGCAGGUGGAGCUUCGUGGCCUCAAAUCUAAAUUUACUGCAGUAAAGAAUGAGAAAGGCAAAGUUACAGUUGGAGAUUUGCCAUCUUUGCUGGUGACUUUAAAAGCCUUUGCUUCAACAUUCAAGGAGGAAGAAGUUGCAGGCCUCUUAGCUCAAUCCUUCCCUGACUCGACUGCCGAUAUAGACUUCGAAGGCUUUCUCAGGGUGUACUUGAAUUUACAAGGUCAAGCUCAUGCUAAAGCAGGGCAUUCAAAAACAUCCUCAUCAUUCCUCAAGGCAUCAGUAACCACUCUGCUUCACACUAUUAGCCACUCUGAGCGAGGAUUAUAUGUAGCUCACAUAAACAGUUACCUUGGGGAUGACCCUUUUCUGAAGCAGUUUCUUCCCUUGGAUCCAGCAGCUAAUGAUUUAUUUGAUCUUGCAAAGGAUGGGGUUCUUCUAUGUAAGCUUAUCAAUGUUGCUGUGCCUGGGACUAUUGAUGAGCGGGCUAUCAACUGUAAAAAGGUUCUUAACUUGUGGGAGAGGAAUGAGAACCAUACUCUGUGCCUCAACUCUGCAAAGGCCAUUGGUUGCACUGUGGUUAACAUUGGUGCACAGGACUUGGUGGAAGCAAGACCUCAUCUUUUGCUCGGUCUAAUUUCUCAGAUCAUAAAGAUUCAAUUGUUAGCAGACCUUAACCUCAAGAAGACACCUCAGCUCAUUGAAUUGGUGGAGGACAACUCUGAUGUUGAGGAGCUCAUGAGCUUGGCCCCUGAAAAGCUUUUGUUGAAAUGGAUGAAUUUCCAUAUAGGCAAAGCAGGCUAUGAAAAACGUGUUACAAACUUCUCUUCGGACUUGAAGGAUGGACGGGCUUAUGCCUACCUUCUUAAUGUUCUUGCACCAGAGCACUGCAAUCCAGAUACAUUGGACGCAAGUACUGCGCUUGAGAGGGCCACACUAGUACUUGAUCAUGCUGAGAAAAUGGGCUGCAAGCGGUAUUUGAAACCAACUGAUAUUGUUGAAGGCUCAUCGAAUCUGAAUCUUGCAUUUGUAGCACAAAUAUUUCAUCGAAGGAGUGGCUUGAGUACAGAUGGCAAAAAGUAUGCUUUCGCAGAGAUGAUGACAGAUGACGUCCAAACAUCCAGGGAAGAGAGGUGCUUUAGAUUGUGGAUCAAUAGCCUUGGAGCUGCCUAUUGUAACAACGUGUUUGACGAUGUUAGGAAUGGGUGGGUACUUCUUGAAGUACUUGACAAGAUUAAACCUGGGUCGGUUAACUGGAAGCAUGCCACAAAACCUCCCAUCAAAAUGCCAUUCAGGAAAGUGGAGAAUUGCAAUCAGGUCAUACAGAUUGGGAUGCAGUUGAAAUUUUCACUUGUUAAUGUAGCUGGCAAUGAUAUCGUGCAAGGAAAUAAGAAACUCAUACUCGCUUUCUUGUGGCAGUUGAUGAGAUAUUCCAUGCUUCAACUUCUGAAGAACUUGAGAUCACACUCUCAAGGGAAGGAAGUAACUGAUGCAGAUAUCUUGCAUUGGGUGAACAAAAAAAAUCGAAGUAUGGGGAGACCUUCCCGGAUUGAGAAUUUCAAGGAUAAGAGCAUAUCAAAUGGGAGAUUCUUCCUUGAGCUUCUAAGUUCUGUGGAACCAAGAGUAGUAAACUGGAAUCUUGUCACGAAGGGUGAAAGUGAGGACGAAAAAAGACUGAAUGCUACAUACAUUAUUAGCGUGGCCAGGAAGCUUGGUUGUUCCAUUUUCUUGUUGCCAGAAGACAUCAUGGAGGUGAACCAGAAGAUGAUUCUGACGCUAGCGGCGAGCAUCAUGUACUGGAGCCUUCAAAAAGCAGUGGAAGAAGGGGAGUCGCUAUCUCCGGCACCUUCCAGUUGCAACACAUGUCAUGCUACACCUGACGCAUCCCCGGCGCCUUCGGUUUGUGGUGAAGAUGAAACCUCUUCCAUCACCGGCGAUGUCUCAGGCUUGACCCCGACACCUUCAGUUUACGGUGAGGAUGAAACCUCUUCCAUCACCGGCGAUGUCUCAAGCUUGACCCCGGCACCUUCAGUUUGUGGUGAAGAUGAAAGCUCUUCCAUCACCGGCGACGUCUCAAGCUUGACCAUCGACGAUGCAGCCUCAGACACUGCAGUUUCCUCAUCACAUCUUGACAAAGAAGAAAUCACCUCUGCAGGAGGAGAGUGAUCUCGACCCAAAAAAUGUAAAGAGAAAAGAAACUCAAACUGAAGUCAAACGGGGUUUUGUGAUAUACAAGGCAUAUACAUGUGCAGUAAAAAGAAGAAGAAAAGUGAUGGAAGUCCAUAAUAUCAUCCUUCAGUCAGAAUCUUAACUGUGAAAAAAAGUGAGAUAAAAAAGAAAAGAAAUGAACAGGGAGGGAAGCGUGGGGAUGAAGAAAAGGAAACACCAAUUUUGUAGUUGCAUUUCAUUUCUCAUGAAAUAAUAUGACAGAAACCAGCUUGGCUUCUUUUCAUUUGCAAAGUAGGAUUGUAAUAUGCAUCAUUCUUUGGACAUGGUUGAACUUGUUGACAGAAACAAGUUUGGCUUCUUUUCAUUUGCAGAAUAGGAUUGUAAUAUGCAUCAUUCUUUGGACAUGAUUGAACUUGUUGUCGUCAACAUAAUAAAAUCGGAAUUCUCCGGUUGCUUCGCUUA